UUAAGAUCGAUUUAUUAAAAUUGUUCAAUUAUUAAUUUAAUUUUUUGAAAUACGAGUAAAUUUACGUAAAUUAUCACGAGAAAGAAUAUAGAAACAGAUUGAUUAUGUCGAAAGCAGUUAAUAGAUUAAAAACAAUAAAAAAAGUUACAGAAAAAAUUCAACAUGGAAAAUUACGAACAGAUAUACCCGCUGGAAUGGCCGCUGGUGGUCCACCUUUAGGUCCAAUGUUAGGACAAAGAGGAAUAAAUAUAACAACAUUUUGUAAGGACUUCAAUGAACGAACCAAAGAUGUUAAAGAAGGUAUUCCAUUACCAUGCCGCAUAUCGGUAACCGCAGAUCGAAAUUACGAACUAACAAUUCACAAACCACCAGUAGUUUUCUUCCUGAAACAAGCAGCGGGUAUACAAAAAGCAGCAAUGAAUCCUGGCAGAGAAAUAGCGGGUAAAAUAACAUUAAAGCAUGUCUAUGAAAUUGCGCAAAUAAAAAAAGAAGAUCCGACACUAGCAUUAAAGUCAUUAGAAGAAGUUUGUAAAAUGAUUAUUGGAAUAUCACGAUCAUGUGGAAUUGAAAUAGUAAAGAAUUUAGACGCCGCUGAAUAUGGAAAUUUUAUGAAAGAACGUGAAUUGAUUGUCGAGCAACAACGUAAAGAAUUACAAGAGAAAAAAGAAGCUAAAAUGUUACGAACCGCUUAAGUAAAAAUAAUUGUAUG